AGAACGUUUUGAAAUGCAUUUUGUUUACGGCUUUCAAAAUAAUGCGGUGACCAUAACAAUCGAACCAACAAACAAAAAUUAAUAAUGUCAAUAUAAAAAUUCCAUUCAAUAAUCACAAUUUAAACGAAAAAAUUAAUUAGUGACGGAAUUAAGUAUGUCGCAUACACAACAGAAAGAUGAAAAAUCAACCGAAAAAGAAGUGGCGUCCGAAAAACUAAACAAUGAUUCGAUCAACCAAUAUCAAAUUCGUCCCAGCAUUGGAAAUUCAUUUCCAAUAGCAAGCAUUCGAGAAAUUAUCAAUGAAAUUCUACUUCAAACACUCGAUGGAAAGGAAUACACAUGCAGUGAGGUUGGUGCUUGGUGUCGUCAAAUUGUUGAUGGCAUUAAUAUGCGAAUUAAGAGUCUAGAGAUUCCUCGUUAUAAACAUAUUGUCCAAACAAUGUUGGCAGAACAGACUGGAGCUGGCAGCCGUUAUAUAGCACGAUGUCACUGGGACGCCAGUUGUGAUAGCAAAGUAUCAGAACAAUACAAAUCUGAAACUAUAAUUUGCAUAGUUACCGUGUUCGGCGUAUACCAAUAUUAAAAGGGGGAGAAAGAAGAAAGACCACAUGUAAUGCUUAUGUUGUGUUGAUUAUUAUGGGGCAUUUAAUUGUCAUUUUUUAAUGUUUUAAUAUAUAAAUAUGUAAUUGAUAGUCAAAACAUUGAUCAAAUAAUAAAUAAUAAACAAAUGUAUACAUUAUAUUGGCACUUUGAA